AUGUCUCUUCCAUCAAAACCAAAUAGCCACAUAGAACUUGAAAAUCAUAUACGAGAGUUUCAAAAUAAACUUGGGAAUGACUGGGACAAGUACCAGGAAACGUUGAGUUUGUUCCUUAUUGGAAAAUUGUCCAGAAAUGAGAUGGUUGAUAUCAUAACGCCAAUCUUGAAAGGUGCCACUGGUGGUGCCAAACCUGCACACAACCUUGUUAAGUUCCAUAAUAAGCUUCUAUUGAUGAAUUUUGCAAAUUCGUUGAAAGAUGGACCUUUAGACCCGAACUCCGAGUUUGCGUCGUUUUGGAAUAAGAAGAAUUCUGUAGGGAAGCCGAAAAAUGUAAAAUCUUCCCAGUAUGAGAAGUUCAAGCAGAAUAUUAUGGGAUUGCCCAUCCGAGAACGUAGGAGAAUCAAGAAUAUUUCAAGAGAAUCUGGUAAGAAAGGUAAAUUGAGUGCACUGAUAACGCUCACCAGACAUUCCAUGUUACCAAAGAUUCCCAUGAUUCAAGAUAAGCAACAACAGCAAUCACAUGUAAAUAACUUGGUGCAGUGGCAGCAAGAUGUAGUCAAUGGUAUAAAUACUCCGAUUGCGACUGAUAAUUAUGAAAUUCCAGACUAUGAUAACUUGAGUACUAGAAUGAUUAUGAUUAUGAGAGAGUAUGGAUUAACAGGGGGGUUGAACCCUCAAGUCAUGGAAGUUUUAUUGCUUGGGUUGGAAGUCCAUCUUAAGAACAUCGUAGAGAGUGCAAUUGACGUUGCACGUUAUAGAGAAACCAAGUAUGCUAGCAAUGAUUUUUUGGGCACUGGGGAUGGGAACAUAUUCCCGGGUGCACCACUGUCCACUGCCCUAAAUGGAUCAUCAUCUUUAGAUGGUGCUCUUAAUGGAACCAUGUCGCCGGAUGGCGGAGAAAAUGGCGGUGGUAACUCAGGAGUUUUUCCUUCCAAUAGUAGUACCGCUGUUACCUCAGUAUUGAACGCAAAUAGCAGUGCUGUAGCCACAAGAGAGGAUGAAAUUUCUCAAGAGAGAAAGCGCCAAAAAGUGACCCUUAAUGCUGAGGAUCUUUUCGAUACUUUGGAAAUGUUUCCCCAUUUGAUAGAACCGAACGGUCCAAAAUUAAGAUUAUCAAACGUUCUACUUCAAAAUGAUGAUAUGGUCAAAGCAGAUGAGCUUGACUACGAGUUACCACCACGAUUUGAACUCUUAGCUGCAGCGCCACUGACUCUAUUAACAAAUGGAUCUAUAAAGGAAGAAAUCGAGAAGAAUGGAACUUCUGAUAAAACAAAUAAAGACGACAAGGAAGCUGCAGAAGAGACCGAAAAAGAUUUAAAGAAGGCAGGAGACCCAAUCGAAGGUAAGUCUGAAUUAAAAACAUCUGGAGACAAAGACGUUAAAACUGAAGAAGCGACAAAAGGCAGUACAUCGCUUAUACCACAAGUACCGCAGAAGCAAGAAUCUCACAUUGGUACAAAUGACGAAUUGAAAUGGCUACUUCACGAUUUGAUAUCGACUAUAUAG